AUGACCGCAAGUGUGCAUCUGGUAGUGCUCAUCCAUGGAUUAUGGGGUUCACCGAGUCAUCUAUCCGUAGCUCAAGAGGAGCUCGAGAAAGCCUGGAUUGGGAAUGAGAAUGGGCAGAAGGUAUCACAAGAUGUAGAUGGACCUUCGGACGAUCCAAUCAUCACUAGUAAGAUACAGAAUAGAAAUAAGGAAAAUGGGGAAUUGGUGAUUAUGAUUGCUGGAGGGAUGACUAGUCAGUUGACUUACGAUGGAGUGGACGUAUGUGCUAGUAGAGUAGCCUAUGAGGUUGAUCAGAAAAUAGAGGAGUUGGAAGGUGAGGGAAAGAAAGUCGACAAGUUCAGUGUGAUGGGGUAUUCAUUAGGUGGACUCGUAGCCAGAUACCUCGUCGGAUUAUUACAUUCUCGCCAACCUUCUUUCUUCGACAUACAUCAUCCAGUAUCGUUUUCAACCAUCUCAACACCUCAUUAUGGUAUACCCAAGUACAACACCCUACUGUCGACCGUCUUAUGUUGGCUCGGUGCGAGAGUGAUGUCGAGGUCGGGUGAACAGCUAUACGUGGUGGAUAAAUACUCGGAUGAAGAUCAGAGGCCUCUGUUGGAAAUUAUGGCCGAUCCCAGAAGUAUCUUCUAUCAGGGAUUAGAGCGAUUUGAUAAAUUGGAAAUAUAUGCCAGCGCUAUAAAUGACAACUCGGUACCAUAUCCCACCGCAGCUAUCGAACCAGUGGAUCAUUUCGCACAAUGGGAGGAGCGUGGCAUAUCAGUUGAUUCGGACGAAGAUGGUAUUAUACAAUCUUGGACUCCAAACGACAAUGGCAGCACUGCCGAAGAUGAAGAUGACAAAAGUAAGAAUAACAAGAACAAGAGUGGCUCAGGAUUCGGAAUGAGGUUGGGCACUUUACCUCCUGUCUUGAGAUAUAGAUUCCCGUUCAAUUAUAUCAUCUUGUUGUUGUUCCCAAUCAUGUUACCACUUAUCAUCAUACUCAUCCUUACGAGACAAUCACUGGAUACUACCCGAUCCAAACGUCGUUUACAGCUCCUUUCCCGAACUUCUUCCUCAGGUUCUUCUUCUUCACAAAUACCAAGUUCGAGUGGAUUAUCGAUCCAAGCUCUGAGAGAUGGUAUACGAAGGAUAGAGAGAUCUUUGGAAUCUGAUUUAGUAGAAAAUCAAGAAUUGUUAGAUUCACCUGCUCUUCACUCCCAUCAUCCGAUCGGAGACGGCAUGACAAAGGACAGAAGGGGCGAGAGUGGGACUGAUCUGAAGAUAAUAUUGAAAGAUAGUCAGAUGAGGAUGUGUUAUUGGUUGAAUCAAUUACCCCUUGAGAAAUAUCUCACUUGGUGGCCUGAGAUUACGAAUGCUCAUGCUACUGCUAUUGUCAGAGAUUCGCAUAAGUUUCCGGUCCAUGAGCGAGGUAGAGGUUUGAUCAAGUUAUGGGCUAGAAACUUGUUGGAUAAGCCAAAACAAUAG